GCUAAGUUGUUGAAGAUUGACGUAGAGCUUGCUCACCCUCACGGCGAGUUUGAUAUAUUUUAAUCCGUUGUACAUAGAUUUAAUGUAUUGCUUAAAUUAAUCCUUUUAUUGUUUACAUAAAACAAUGUUUUCCGCCGAAAACCUCUAUAAACUAUAAGCAAAAAUAAACAACCUUUUUUGCGCAAAUGAUGUUAAUGUGUCUGCCCAGAGGUCAUUUGACUGAAUCGAGUAUUACAAACCGACUGAGUAAAUCCCCUAACAGCAGAGGCAGCAAGACUGCAAUUAAUAUAUAAACGACUCUAAUACUGGUGCCAUUUGUAGCGUGAUAUGUAAUGAACCUACGUAUGCAUAUGAAGGUGUAACUCCUUCACACGACUUGCGAUCGCCAGUUGUUAAGAUCUAGCGGCUACUUGCUGUGCAUUUACGUUAAUGCAGCGCUAGUGUAAAGUGUAAACAGUUUGUGUAGUAAAAACAGUAAUUUCUGCAAAAAUGAGUUUCGUUGACGAAAUAAUUCGCAGUUUCGACACGUCGCUAAUAGUAAACUGUUGGAAAUAUAUUUUUCCGGUAUUAGUGGUUUGCUAUUUAAUUAUUUUUCUCUACGACAAACAUCUUUAUGGUUCAAAAAAAACGAAAGUAGCUCCCGUUGUUGAAUCGAAGCAAAAAAUAGAUGGCAUCGAAUAUGUUGGAGAAAUUGAUUUGUACGAGUUCGAUCCUAUCCCAGUGUUAGAAGAAAAAGAACAUAUUCCAUUCAAGGGGGCUACCGUGACCCUGGACGCCGAUCCUCGGAAAGCUGCCGCGCGUUUUUACGAAAUUGUCAACGACAGACGAAGUGUCCGUUCGUUCAGCACGCGUCCAAUCGAUUCUACUGUCGUUGAGAAAUGCAUACAUGCAGCAGGUUGCAGUCCUAGUGGUGCUCACACCGAACCGUGGACUUUUUGCCUAGUUUCUGAUCAGAAUAUAAAGGAACAAAUACGUGAAAUUAUCGAGGCAGAAGAAUUCGUUAAUUACCAGCAGCGAAUGUCCAAACAGUGGACCACCGAUUUGAAACCCUUACGAACGAAUCACGUGAAACAGUACCUCAGUGACGCACCCUGCUUGGUUCUGAUUUUCAAGCAAACGUAUGGCUUCAAGGCGGAUGGGAGUAAAAAACAACAUUAUUACAACGAAAUUUCAACAUCGAUUGCAGUUGGAAUUCUGCUUUGUGCACUGCAGGCCGCUGGGUUAAGUUCACUCGUAACCACUCCAUUGAAUUGUGGCCCUGCGUUGAGAUCCUUACUCGGUCGACCGACAAAUGAAAAAUUAUUGGUGCUGCUUCCCAUAGGAUAUGCGGCCGAAGAUUGUACCGUACCUGAUCUUAAGCGCAAACCAAUUGAUCGUAUAUUGGUAAAAUACUAAACUGAAAUACAAAUUAAAAAUAAUGUGUCUAAUAAAAUAAUACAUCAAGGUUAUCGAUAUAACACACAUUUUGAUUUGAAUAAAUUGUAAAAUAUAUUGAAACAUGAAAAAACUCUAUAA